AUGACCUAUCAGAGCCAAAUAGUAUCCGAGGCUCGGAUUCAGACUCGCUCCUCCACAUCCCGGAGCAGCCAACAGACCGUUUUCAACCGCCAUAUCAGCCACGGCCCCAGCAGCUUAAGAUCCAUUCUUGCGGGCUCUACAGCUGGCGCAAUUGAGAUUGUUGCGAAGACUCGAUCGCAGCUCAAUCGCAGGCUACCCGACUCGAAGAAGCUCCCAUGGCCGCCUUUUGGAAAACAAUGGUACGCCGGUUGUACAACAUUGAUUAUUGGAAAUUCUUUAAAAGCUGGAAUUCGAUUCGUCGCGUUCGAUACAUUUAAGUCGAUGCUGCAGGAUCAGGAUGGAAAGAUAUCAGGCCCGAGAACUGUCAUAGCUGGCUUUGGGGCUGGAUUCACCGAAUCUCUGCUGGCUGUAACUCCCUUCGAAAGCAUAAAGACACAAUUGAUUGAUGACCGUAAAUCCGCCAACCCACGUAUGCGCGGAUUUUUCCACGGUAGCGGUGUGAUCUUCCGAGAGCGAGGUAUUCAUGGCUUUUUCCAGGGAUUCGUUCCGACUACGGCUAGACAGGCCGCGAAUUCAGCGACGCGGUUUUCGAGCUACACCAUGCUGAAGCAGAUGGCAGAGGGUUAUGUUGCACCCGGUGAAAAGCUAGGGACUGCAAGCACGUUUGCCCUUGGGGGCAUGGCAGGCUUAAUUACUGUAUACGUGACGCAACCCCUUGACACCGUGAAGACUAGGAUGCAAUCGCUUGAGGCAAGCAAGAACUACAAAAACAGCUUCGUCUGUGCCGCGCGAAUUUUCAAGGACGAAGGUAUCCUGACCUUUUGGUCCGGGGCUGUUCCGAGACUCGCAAGGUUGAUUAUGAGCGGCGGCAUAGUAUUCACAAUGUACGAGAAGUCUAUGGACAUCCUCGACUCCAUAGAUCCGGAAGGAAGGUAUAUCUGA